CAAGUGCCGCUGCUUCCAUUGAUGUGGAGAUUCCCAGCUUCAGGACUGUAAUGACAGAAUCUGCAGUGACAGCAACAUGUUCUGUCCACACUCUGUUUAAUGCCAAGUUGACCUGGCUGAUGGAUGGAGGAGAUGCACCAAGCAACACAGUAACACAGAAAUCAAACACAACUCAUAUCAUCAGUGAUUUGUCGGUUCCCUCAAGUCAAUGGAAACAGCUCAAGGCUAUAACAUGUAAAGCUGAACAUAAGUGCCUCUCAUCCACUCAGAGGACUGUGAAUGUUGCAGGUCCUGCAGUUACAGUUCCAUCAGUGGAGAUCAAGAGGUCUCUCCGAGAUUUGCUGAAGGGACAAAGUGCUGUGCUCGAGUGCGACAUCACAAAUCUCUCCUCCAGCGACCUCUACGUCACCUUUCAGGCAAACGAUGAAGACAUCUCUGACAGACAGUUUGUUGACCUUCCUGUAGCCCCAGGCCUCCAUUCAAUCACCAGACGCUUCUCCAUCCCUCCAAGUCACUGGACGAAAGACAAAACUUUCACCUGCAAAGUCCACCAAGGCUUCUCCUCCAACUUCAAGUCAGAGUCAACUGGGAAUAUAUUUGUGGACCCUUCUGUGGAACUUCUCCUGGUCCCCAGUGAAGAGUCCGGACCACAGAGACUCUUAUGCUCUGGAUGGGGCUUCAACCCUCAAAUUCAAUGGCUUUCUGAGUCCAAGCAACGAUCUUCAAACAACGACGUCACCAUGGGAGCAGACGGACGUGUGGCAGUGACCAGUCCACGUAAUAUCCCCCAAACUGAGUGGAAAACAGGGAAAGUCUUCACUUGUCAAGUGUCUGACACGUCCCUGAAUAAAACUGUCCACAAGAAUGUCAGCCUCUGCUCAGUUUCUUCAAGUGCCGCUGCUUCCAUUGAUGUGGAGAUUCCCAGCUUCAGGACUGUAAUGACAGAAUCUGCAGUGACAGCAACAUGUUCUGUCCACACUCUGUUUAAUGCCAAGGUGACCUGGCUGAUGGAUGGAGGAGAUGCACCAAGCAACACAGUAACACAGAAAUCAAACACAACUCAUAUCAUCAGUGAUUUGUCGGUUCCCUCAAGUCAAUGGAAACAGCUCAAGGCUAUAACAUGUAAAGCUGAACAUAAGUGCCUCUCAUCCACUCAGAGGACUGUGAAUGUUGCAGGUCCUGCAGUUACAGUUCCAUCAGUGGAGAUCAAGAGGUCUCUCCGAGAUUUGCUGAAGGGACAAAGUGCUGUGCUCGAGUGCGACAUCACAAAUCUCUCCUCCAGCGACCUCUACGUCACCUUUCAGGCAAACGAUGAAGACAUCUCUGACAGACAGUUUGUUGACCUUCCUGUAGCCCCAGGCCUCCAUUCAAUCACCAGACACUUCUCCAUCCCUCCAAGUCACUGGAGGAAAGACAAAACUUUCACCUGCAAAGUCCACCAAGGCUUCUCCUCCAACUUCAAGUCAGAGUCAACUGGGAAUAUAUUUGUGGACCCUUCUGUGGAACUUCUCCUGGUCCCCAGUGAAGAGUCCGGACCACAGAGACUCUUAUGCUCUGGAUGGGGCUUCAACCCUCAAAUUCAAUGGCUUUCUGAGUCCAAGCAACGAUCUUCAAACAACGUCACCAUGGGAGCAGACGGACGGUGGCAGUGACCAGUCCACGAAUAUCCCCAAACUGAGUGGAAAACAGGGAAAGUCUUCACUUGUCAAGUGUCUGACACGUCCCUGAAUAAAACUGUCCACAAGAAUGUCAGCCUCUGCUCAGUUUCUUCAAGUGCCGCUGCUUCCAUUGAUGUGGAGAUUCCCAGCUUCAGGACUGUAAUGACAGAAUCUGCAGUGACAGCAACAUGUUCUGUCCACACUCUGUUUAAUGCCAAGGUGACCUGGCUGAUGGAUGGAGGAGAUGCACCAAGCAACACAGUAACACAGAAAUCAAACACAACUCAUAUCAUCAGUGAUUUGUCGGUUCCCUCAAGUCAAUGGAAACAGCUCAAGGCUAUAACAUGUAAAGCUGAACAUAAGUGCCUCUCAUCCACUCAGAGGACUGUGAAUGUUGCAGGUCCUGCAGUUACAGUUCCAUCAGUGGAGAUCAAGAGGUCUCUCCGAGAUUUGCUGAAGGGACAAAGUGCUGUGCUCGAGUGCGACAUCACAAAUCUCUCCUCCAGCGACCUCUACGUCACCUUUCAGGCAAACGAUGAAGACAUCUCUGACAGACAGUUUGUUGACCUUCCUGUAGCCCCAGGCCUCCAUUCAAUCACCAGACACUUCUCCAUCCCUCCAAGUCACUGGAGGAAAGACAAAACUUUCUGCAAAGUCCACCAAGGCUUCUCCUCCAACUUCAAGUCAGAGUCAACUGGGAAUAUAUUUGUGGACCCUUCUGUAGAACUUCUCCUGGUCCCCAGUGAAGAGUCCGGACCACAGAGACUCUUAUGCUCUGGAUGGGGCUUCAACCCUCAAAUUCAAUGGCUUUCUGAGUCCAAGCAACGAUCUUCAAACAACGACGUCACCAUGGGAGCAGACGGACGUGUGGCAGUGACCAGUCCACGUAAUAUCCCCCAAACUGAGUGGAAAACAGGGAAAGUCUUCACUUGUCAAGUGUCUGACACGUCCCUGAAUAAAACUGUCCACAAGAAUGUCAGCCUCUGCUCAGUUUCUUCAAGUGCCGCUGCUUCCAUUGAUGUGGAGAUUCCCAGCUUCAGGACUGUAAUGACAGAAUCUGCAGUGACAGCAACAUGUUCUGUCCACACUCUGUUUAAUGCCAAGGUGACCUGGCUGAUGGAUGGAGGAGAUGCACCAAGCAACACAGUAACACAGAAAUCAAACACAACUCAUAUCAUCAGUGAUUUGUCGGUUCCCUCAAGUCAAUGGAAACAGCUCAAGGCUAUAACAUGUAAAGCUGAACAUAAGUGCCUCUCAUCCACUCAGAGGACUGUGAAUGUUGCAGGUCCUGCAGUUACAGUUCCAUCAGUGGAGAUCAAGAGGUCUCUCCGAGAUUUGCUGAAGGGACAAAGUGCUGUGCUCGAGUGCGACAUCACAAAUCUCUCCUCCAGCGACCUCUACGUCACCUUUCAGGCAAACGAUGAAGACAUCUCUGACAGACAGUUUGUUGACCUUCCUGUAGCCCCAGGCCUCCAUUCAAUCACCAGACACUUCUCCAUCCCUCCAAGUCACUGGAGGAAAGACAAAACUUUCACCUGCAAAGUCCACCAAGGCUUCUCCUCCAACUUCAAGUCAGAGUCAACUGGGAAUAUAUUUGUGGACCCUUCUGUGGAACUUCUCCUGGUCCCCAGUGAAGAGUCCGGACCACAGAGACUCUUAUGCUCUGGAUGGGGCUUCAACCCUCAAAUUCAAUGGCUUUCUGAGUCCAAGCAACGAUCUUCAAACAACGACGUCACCAUGGGAGCAGACGGACGGGUGGCAGUGACCAGUCCACGAAUAUCCCCAAACUGAGUGGAAAACAGGAAAGUCUUCACUUGUCAAGUGUCUGACACGUCCCUGAAUAAAACUGUCCACAAGAAUGUCAGCCUCUGCUCAGUUUCUUCAAGUGCCGCUGCUUCCAUUGAUGUGGAGAUUCCCAGCUUCAGGACUGUAAUGACAGAAUCUGCAGUGACAGCAACAUGUUCUGUCCACACUCUGUUUAAUGCCAAGGUGACCUGGCUGAUGGAUGGAGGAGAUGCACCAAGCAACACAGUAACACAGAAAUCAAACACAACUCAUAUCAUCAGUGAUUUGUCUGGUCCCUCAAGUCAAUGGAAACAGCUCAAGGCUAUAACAUGUAAAGCUGAACAUAAGUGCCUCUCAUCCACUCAGAGGACUGUGAAUGUUGCAGGUCCUGCAGUUACAGUUCCAUCAGUGGAGAUCAAGAGGUCUCUCCGAGAUUUGCUGAAGGGACAAAGUGCUGUGCUCGAGUGCGACAUCACAAAUCUCUCCUCCAGCGACCUCUACGUCACCUUUCAGGCAAACGAUGAAGACAUCUCUGACAGACAGUUUGUUGACCUUCCUGUAGCCCCAGGCCUCCAUUCAAUCACCAGACACUUCUCCAUCCCUCCAAGUCACUGGAGGAAAGACAAAACUUUCACCUGCAAAGUCCACCAAGGCUUCUCCUCCAACUUCAAGUCAGAGUCAACUGGGAAUAUAUUUGUGGACCCUUCUGUGGAACUUCUCCUGGUCCCCAGUGAAGAGUCCGGACCACAGAGACUCUUAUGCUCUGGAUGGGGCUUCAACCCUCAAAUUCAAUGGCUUUCUGAGUCCAAGCAACGAUCUUCAAACAACGACGUCACCAUGGGAGCAGACGGACGUGUGGCAGUGACCAGUCCACGUAAUAUCCCCCAAACUGAGUGGAAAACAGGGAAAGUCUUCACUUGUCAAGUGUCUGACACGUCCCUGAAUAAAACUGUCCACAAGAAUGUCAGCCUCUGCUCAGUUUCUUCAAGUGCCGCUGCUUCCAUUGAUGUGGAGAUUCCCAGCUUCAGGACUGUAAUGACAGAAUCUGCAGUGACAGCAACAUGUUCUGUCCACACUCUGUUUAAUGCCAAGGUGACCUGGCUGAUGGAUGGAGGAGAUGCACCAAGCAACACAGUAACACAGAAAUCAAACACAACUCAUAUCAUCAGUGAUUUGUCGGUUCCCUCAAGUCAAUGGAAAAAGCUCAAGGCUAUAACAUGUAAAGCUGAACAUAAGUGCCUCUCAUCCACUCAGAGGACUGUGAAUGUUGCAGGUCCUGCAGUUACAGUUCCAUCAGUGGAGAUCAAGAGGUCUCUCCGAGAUUUGCUGAAGGGACAAAGUGCUGUGCUCGAGUGCGACAUCACAAAUCUCUCCUCCAGCGACCUCUACGUCACCUUUCAGGCAAACGAUGAAGACAUCUCUGACAGACAGUUUGUUGACCUUCCUGUAGCCCCAGGCCUCCAUUCAAUCACCAGACACUUCUCCAUCCCUCCAAGUCACUGGAGGAAAGACACAAAUUUCACCUGCAAAGUCCACCAAGGCUUCUCCUCCAACUUCAAGUCAGAGUCAACUGGAAAUAUAUUUGUGGACCCUUCUGUGGAACUUCUCCUGGUCCCCAGUGAAGAGUCCGGACCACAGAGACUCUUAUGCUCUGGAUGGGGCUUCAACCCUCAAAUUCAAUGGCUUUCUGAGUCCAAGCAACGAUCUUCAAACAACGACGUCACCAUGGGAGCAGACGGACGUGUGGCAGUGACCAGUCCACGUAAUAUCCCCCAAACUGAGUGGAAAACAGGGAAAGUCUUCACUUGUCAAGUGUCUGACACGUCCCUGAAUAAAACUGUCCGCAAGAAUGUCAGCCUCUGCUCAGUAACUCCAGCAUCCUCUCAGAUAGUUGGCGUAUUUGUUCAGGGACCCCCACUCGAGGAAUUCCAGAACAAGGGACAGGUGACUAUCACCUGUCUUCUUGUCGGCUCUCGUCUUAAUGAUUUCUUCAUCACCUGGAAAGUAGAUGGGGACAAAUCUUCUCUGUUCCAUAAAGAGCCCCCAGUGAGGCACAGCAAUGGGACAGAGACUUUGAGGAGCGUCUUCAAUGUGUCCGCAGAGGACUGGCAUGCACAUAAACAAGUGUCUUGUGGAGCAAAGCACCUAUGCUCCAGCCAGGGCUACGAGGGCCAUACAAGCAAAAGCAGAGUUUUUCAUCAACCAACAGUGAAGAUAAUACAACCAACUGCCUCUGAGCUCUCUGCGUCAGAUGACCUCCCACUUAUUUGCCUCGUCUCUGGGUUUUACCCAUCCAAUGUCAUCGUGUACUGGGAAGGGAGUGGCCAGAGACUCCCAUCAACUCGCUACACCAACAGUGCUGAGUGGACAUACACAGGGAGCGGCACUUAUUCAAUGAGCAGCAGACUGAACAUAUCCAAAACUGAAGACAAGAGCUCUACGUAUUCUUGCUUUGUGAGACAUGAGUCAUCUGAAAUGCCUUUUAAAAGCACUAUAAAGAAUGUGUUUGCUACAGUCACUCUCAGCGAACCUUCAGCCACCUUGCUCCAGGGCACAAACGAACUUGUGUGCCUGGUCUUCGGCUUCAGCCCUGCAUCCAUUAACAUCACAUGGUUCCUUGAUGAAUCCGUGCCACUGUUGGACUACAACACUAGCGAGCCCCACGAAAGCCAGAAUGGAAAGUUCAGUGUCCAAAGCCACCUUCGUCCGCCCAAAGGCAACUGGUUACCAGGAGCAAUCGUAACCUGCAGGGUGUCCCAUGCAAACACCACCCUAUCCCUGAAUAUAUCUAAACCAGACAACUUGGAGCGCUGCACUUUCUUCAAUGAAAUUUUUAAUGCUGAUGUGAAUCAAGAUAUAGGUGUUGAAAGCUGGUAUAUGGCUUUAACGUUUAUGCUUCUUUUCUUCAUCUCCGUCAUCUUUGGUGUCUUAGCUAUCAUGAUUAAGACUAAAUGAUGGUGAUCGCGGGACAGAUCCCAUGCAAUGAUCCAAAUUUGGAUAUUGCCUGAAUAGUUUCAACUCUAUUUCUUUUUAAAUCCUUUUCACUUUUUUCUUUAGUUUGUGUUUCUAUUAUUGUGGACUGCAUUUAUUUUUGAUUCCCUCUUCAAAUGUCAACUUUCAGUUUUAAAUAACAACAUAAUGAACAAAUAUUCUAUGACUGGAGUUGUUCUUGUAUUUCAACAAUAAAACAAAUGAUAUACACA